AUGGCUUCCGCUAUUUACUACUGCAAUGACAUGCAACAUAUUGUUUAUCAACCUCUGACCGAACCCGAAAUCUUUUACCCCACUCCCCCUUUUGUCCAAAUUGAAUUAAACAUCGCCCUUCAAUUUGGAUUCAGGCGACAUUAUUGCUUAACCGAUCAGUUUGUCGAUCUUGACGACGAAGGCAUGUUACUCUCUCAAGAAACCAUUCGUUUUGAUCUCCGGGCUUUGAAAAACUGUGAUCGGAUUCACCAAAUCCUUGGUCCCAUGCUAGUAAGACUCAGACUCAACCCCAACGCUCGUCCGUGCCGUGCUAUCAUCAAAGAAAUCAUCCGACAAGGAGUUAGCAUCGGAACCUCGGAGUCCAACAGGGGACGUCAAGUCUUGCCUUUGCAAGCAGUGCUAUGGGGAACGUUUGUGGAACACGUAAACGAGGAAGAGGAAGAUGAGGUUUUGAUCGAAAGAGCUCUAGAAGAAUCGGCAUCGGAGUUUGAAUCAAGCAACUAUAACAUGGUUCCAGCCAAGGAGUCAUCCGUCAAGAAGAUGCUGAAGAGUGUUCGAGUGGAAGCUGUUGAAUGCGAUCAAAAAGUUGACGACAAAAUCAAGAAAGAGCGUUUGGAAGCUGAAAACUGUGCUAUAUGUUUGGAGGAACUCAAGGUUGGAUCAGAUGCUUCUCGGAUGCCAUGUUCUCAUAUUUUUCAUGGUGACUGUAUCGAAAAGUGGCUGAAGCAAAGCCACUAUUGCCCUGUAUGUCGGUUUGAGAUGCCGACAGAGUGA